UGUUGAUAGGGGCGAAUUUGUGUUUUCAGGUGGAUCGUCUAUACCGGUCCCUACUGAUCAGGCCUCCAGCUUAAUUGUCAGUGGUCACGAACAAGCAUCGCACACUGGUUACAGCAGGGAUCGCCUAAACGAAAACAUUGAACUUGUUCACCAAGGAAGACAGGAAAAUGGAAGAAAUGUUGCAGAAUUGAGAAAUGAUUGUACAACUAUUUUUGUCAUUUCUACCCCGCCCAGACAUCCGGAUUAUGAGGUGUCACAAGAGCAAGCUGGUACUGAUAGGAGUGAAUUUGCGUUUUCAAGUGGAUUGUCCAUACCGGUCACUACUGACCAAGCGUCAAGGUCAAGUGUCGGUGGCCGCGAACAUGCAUCGCACAACGGUUACCGCUUGAAUGAAAACAUUGAACAUGUUCACCAUGGGAGACAAGAAAAUGGAAGACAUGUUGAAGAAUUGAGAAAUGAUCGUACAAAUAUUUCUGCCAUUUCUACCCCGCCCAGACAUCCGGAUUAUGUAGAAUACAGUGAUAGGCUAAGGACAUACGCUAGGUGGACACACAGGAGACCUGAUCCGCCUACAUUGUCCGGGGCUGGAUUCUUUUUUACAAAUGAUGGAGACCUUGUACGGUGUUACCAAUGCGGUAUCGGACUGAAAGACUUCUGCGAAGAAGAUAAUCCUUUGAAAGACCACGUGAGGCAUUCUGGGAAUUGUCCUUAUCUAGAGAAGUAUCUAGGAGCAACAAAGCUGGCAGAGUUAAAGAGACAACUUCAGACAGAAGAUCCUGAGUAUAACAGGCUAAUGCAAUGGAAUGCCCGGCACACGCUGGAUCCUACGACAACUAAUUAUCGGCACCCUAAAUAUCAAACAUUGCAGUCACGCUUGUCAUCGUUCAGUUCCUGGCCUCAACACAUGGUACAGACCCCACAACAAUUAGCAGACGCCGGAUUGUUUUAUACAGGUUUCGAAGAUCAAGUGCGUUGUUUUGCCUGUGACGGCGGACUUCGGCGCUGGGACCCGGAUGAUGACCCGUGGACGGAGCAUUGUCGCUGGUUCCCAGGCUGCCCUUUUGCGAGACAACAGAAGGGUGAUGAAUAUAUAGCUUUGAUUCAAGCAGCCGUUGCAUAUGAAGAUCAGAUUGCCAAACAAAACGGCGCACAGUCAGGUGACCAAGAUCUCUCGGGUGCGAUGGAGCAAAUGUUAUCAAGGAAACCAGAAUUCAGAGCUGCUAUGAAUGAACACAUGGAUACUUGUUUAGAUAUGGGGUACCAGCUAGAGGAUUUCAAUGAAGCUGUAUCGGAACUGAGAAACGGAGGGAGCAUAAAGCCGACCAUUGUGGAAGUUAUUGAUGAAAUCGAAAUGUUAUCGAAGCGGGGAAAAUACAGGAAGAAGCGUUACAUGCCUUACGAAAUGAUUGCCAAACAAAACGGCGCACAGUCAGGUGACCAAGAUCUCUCGGGUGCGAUGGAGCAAAUGUUAUCAAGGAAACCAGAAUUCAGAGCUGCUAUGAAUGAACACAUGGAUACUUGUUUAGAUAUGGGGUACCAGCUAGAGGAUUUCAAUGAAGCUGUAUCGGAACUGAGAAACGGAGGGAGCAUAAAGCCGACCAUUGUGGAAGUUAUUGAUGAAAUCGAAAUGUUAUCGAAGCGGGGAAAAUACAGGAAGAAGCGUUACAUGCCUUACGAAAUGGUAUAUGUCCAUAUACUUACUUUGUUAGUGUCUGGACCUGGUUUCUCUUUUGACAUAUUGCUCAGACCCAGACUGCAC